AUGACCUGGCACUCAAAGCUCGCCUCAUCUCGAGGCCAUCGUGUUAGUCGUAAUUCUUUCCUGACCUCCUCGAAGUGCGCAGCACCCCCCUCUUGUCCGGCCAGUUUCGCCUUUAGCCUCGUAACAACACUUGACAAUUCGGCUUCGUGUAGACAGCCGUGGUGUUGUAGGCCAGAAACACGUCUCACUAUCACCUGUUCCCACGUCCACUUAGCGGAUCCACUCGUUCUCUCUCUCCUCUUCCUCCUUCUCCUCCCUCAUUGUAUCCUAUCGGGCUUAGUGACCCGCUGGUCUGGCGAUGUGAGCCUGUGGCCACGGCUGUCUCGGACCUCACAAGUGGUCAUCUUGAACAGACCCACUGAAACAGGUGGCGAGACCACAUAG